UGCAGCGCACACACGACCGGCGUCCGUGCACACACGUAUUGCAACGGUAUUGCGCGUUCGCAUCGCACAGCCGCGCGGACGUACCGUGGUCGUAGUCGCGGUCGCGAUCGUGGUAGAACUCAACGAACCUAUAUAUCGUUUACCCGUCACCGUUGCUCGCGGGAUAUUGUUUUCCAACGGUCCCCCUACCCCCGGUAGUGAUCCGUCAUCGUUGUUUCCCGCGCCCAUCGGUCCCCGGCCAGCGUCCCGCGGGUCACACAAUCGGGUUCUCGCGACGCGUACGUAGUGCCGUUUCGUUCGCGGUUAAUAAUGUAACGAGCAAUACCGUUGUCCGUCGUAUUACCGUGAAGUUCACGUGCCCGCGUACCGUGUUCGUUCGCGACCGAGUGUCCGUCCGGCGGCUCCGAGCACCGAGGGUUUUCGUUACCAAGCCAUUUCAUUAAGGAAAAUAGUACCAAUAGCAAUAAAAACAUAAGAAGGACGCGUGUUCCGCACCCGCACUCGCCACGAGUCCAUGUCCACCGCCGCGGCCAUCGUCGACGCCGCUGAAACAGCCGUCGCCGCCACCACCGCCGCCGCCGCCGUCACAACAGUAACGGUCGACGACAGCCGGCGCGGACGGCGCGAACUGGUGAACGAUCGUCGCUCGACUCAUCACGGCGGUCGCCCGUCGACCACGACUCGACCAAAGGUCGCGGGGGACAGAUGAAACCGUCUUCGGUGCCUCCGUCAUCAACGCCGUUGACCGGUGCGGUCGUUGACCACCACUACCACCAGUUGCAGCAACACCGUCACCAAUACCGUCACCAAAACCACCACCACGACCAUCACCAAGACCAUCAUCACCAUCAUUAUACGUCGUCCUAGUUCACCGAAAGCGUGGGCCCCACCCGAUGAACAGCCGCGCGGCGACCACCGCAACCGUCGACAACACCAACAGCACCGGCGGCCUUGCUGACGAUUUUUCUCGAACCGAUAGCCGUCGAUUAUGAAGAAACAUAAACGCGAGCACUUGGAUUGCGGCUGACGAUAACUAUUGCAGUCUCGGGGGACACGCGCACUUGCUAAACACACACACACACACACACACACACACACACACACACACACACACAAACAUACACACACACACACACACACACACACACACACCCUCUCACAUACAUAUACCCACACACCAUUUAUAUAGAUCGGUUACACACACACACACACACACACACGUAUAUAUAUAUAUAUAUAUAUGUAUAUACAUUUAUACGCUGUGUGUUUAGUACAGUGUUUUUGUAUAUGUAAAAAUAUAUUUGUUUUUUUUCAAAAUCGGUUCCGCGCACCGGAUAUUGUUGUUCGUAAACGUCGUGCGCUCGAUGUUUUCGUUCGCAGAAACGAUACGUAAAAUAUAGAUAUAAUAUUUUGAUAUUAUUCGUACCGCACGUGUUUAUAUUAUAAUACGUAUCGUGUUUUGUUUUCGAAAUUAUGGCCGCUGUGAUAUAUUCGAAGAAAGAUUGCUAACGGCCUCCUCCUGGGUAACAAAGGUGCGCCCAUUAUGCCAGGGGGCCGACGAGGUCUGGUCGCCCCUCAAAACACGUUCUUGGAAAAUAUCAUCCGAAGGUCGAGCUCACAACCAGACAGCAGUUUUCUUUUAGCAAAUGCUCAGAUCGUCGACUUUCCAAUAGUCUACUGCAACGAAUCCUUCUGCAAGAUUUCCGGAUAUAAUCGGGCGGAGGUGAUGCAAAAAUCAUGUCGAUGCUCAUUUAUGUAUGGCGAUCUCACGGACAAAGAGACGAUAUGCAGAAUAGACGAAGUAUUGGAGAGCCACUAUCACGAUCAGUUCGAAAUUUUACUCUACAAAAAGAACAGUACCAAACCAGAUCUGCCAGAAGAGACCCCGUUAUGGCUGCUGAUGCAAAUAGCUCCGAUCAAGAACGAGAGGGAUCUCGUCGUAUUGUUCCUACUUACGUUCAGGGACAUCACGGCGCUGAAGCAACCCAUCGAGUCCGAGGACUCCAAAGGCGGAGAUCUGUUAGCAGGCCUCAGCAAGUUUGCCAAGCUGGCCAGAUCGGUAACCAGAAGCAAGACGCUGGUGUCGCAGUUCUCGUCACAUCCUGUUUCCAUCAAAGACUCUACCAGACAUGUACAAUCUCACUUGGCGCACAUGAUGAGCUUGAACGCGGACGUAAUGCCCCAGUACAGGCAAGAGGCGCCGAAGACGCCGCCGCACAUACUGUUGCACUACUGUGCAUUCAAGGCGAUCUGGGACUGGGUGAUCCUGUGCCUGACGUUCUACACGGCCAUCAUGGUGCCGUACAACGUGGCGUUCAAGAACAAGACCAGCGAGGAUGUGUCGCUGCUGGUGGUCGACUCCAUCGUCGACGUCAUAUUCUUCAUCGACAUUGUGCUCAACUUUCACACCACGUUCGUUGGUCCUGGUGGCGAGGUGGUGUCCGAUCCCAAGGUCAUCAGGAUGAACUAUCUCCGAUCGUGGUUCGUUAUCGAUCUGCUAUCCUGUCUGCCGUACGACGUGUUCAACGCAUUCGAUCACGACGAAGAGGGCAUCGGAAGUUUGUUCAGUGCCUUGAAAGUGGUCCGGUUACUACGAUUAGGCAGGGUAGUCAGGAAGCUGGACAGGUACUUGGAAUAUGGUGCCGCAAUGUUGAUUCUACUAUUAUGUUUUUACAUGUUAGUGGCUCAUUGGCUGGCAUGCAUUUGGUAUUCCAUAGGACGGUCGGACGCCGAAAAUGGAUAUCAAUACUCGUGGCUGUGGAAACUGGCCAACAUAACGCAGUAUCCAUACUCGUACGUAUUGUCCGAACACACAAACGCUACCGAACUGGUACAUGGACCUCCGAGAAAGACUAUGUAUGUUACCGCAUUGUACUUCACCAUGUCGUGUAUGACGAGCGUGGGCUUUGGCAACGUAGCCUCGGAGACGGACAACGAGAAAAUUUUUACAAUAUGUAUGAUGGUGAUUGCGUCGCUGCUUUACGCAACUAUCUUUGGUCAUGUCACCACCAUCAUUCAGCAGAUGACUUCGGCCACUGCCAAAUACCACGACAUGUUAAACAAUGUCAGAGAGUUCAUGAAGCUUCACGAAGUGCCAAAAGCGCUAUCCGAGCGGGUUAUGGACUAUGUGGUGUCCACGUGGGCAAUGACCAGGGGCUUGGACACGGAUAAAGUUCUGAAUUACUGUCCGAAAGACAUGAAGGCGGACAUAUGUGUUCAUCUCAACCGAAAAGUGUUCAACGAGCACCCGGCGUUCCGUUUGGCCAGCGACGGGUGCUUACGUGCCCUGGCCAUGCACUUUACGAUGAGUCAUUCGGCACCGGGUGAUCUGCUCUUCCACACCGGGGAGUCCAUUGACUCGUUGUGCUUCAUAGUUACCGGCUCAUUAGAAGUAAUCCAAGACGACGAAGUGGUCGCAAUUUUGGGAAAAGGUGACGUUUUCGGUGAUUCGUUUUGGAAGGAUACGGCACUUGGCCAGUCGGCGGCCAAUGUGCGAGCUUUGACCUACUGCGAUUUACACACGAUCAAGAGAGAUAGACUUCUAGAAGUGUUGGAUUUCUACCAAGCGUUUGCCAAUUCAUUUUCACGAAAUCUAAUACUCACUUAUAACCUCAGGCAUAGGCUUAUAUUUCGGAAGGUCGCCGAUGUGCGACGGGAAAAAGAGCUGGCGGAAAAACGGAAGAACGAACCGCAACUGGACGAGCAGCGGGACCAAUUGGUCCGGAAGAUAUUCACUAAGUUCCGGAAGGACCGGGCGCCCAGUCAGGUUUUGGGCAUGCAACAGGCGGCCACGACGUCCACGGACGAGAACAAGACGGACGGUGGGACGCCGUCGGUGACGGACGCAUCGGACGGCACCGGUCGUCCCAAGGUGUUGCCACUGGUGUUGAGGCAGCAGUCCGAGGACCAGCAGGCUUCGAGCUCGACGGGAACAAGACCGGCAGCGGUGGCGGCGGCGCCGAAAAAGAUGUCGAAAUGGGGCAAGGUGUUGGGCGGCGGCGGCGGCGGAGGAGGUGGAGGCGGGAGCGCGGACUCGGCGGAUUCUACGGCCGGUUCUGUAGCGACGAGUCAGCAGAGCCAAGGCACGGCCAAGGCACGUGAUUCCCCGGGACGGGCGACUGGCGGAAACGGCCACAAGGUGUUCCCGAAGUUGCAAAAGUUGCCGGCGACCGCGGAACCGUUCGCGGCCGGAGGCGGUGGUGGUCAGCGGCAACAGGAGACGAUAGACGAGACGGAUGAACAGCAACAGCAAGCCGGUCGACCAUCCGGUGGACGGGACCCGGAAGAGGAACCACCGCCCUCGAAGCAGCAGCAGCAGACGGCGUCCCCGCAAUCGAGACGCGCGGACGCGCCUUCGCCGCCACCACCACCGUGUCCGUCCAUGCUGCUGCCGCCGCCGCUCGAUCUGGACGUGUUGUCCAAGAUCGAAGACCUGAAGGCCGACUUCAAGACGGACGUGUGGUCCAUCAAUCAGCGUCUGACCGCCAUCGAGGACAUGAUGGUGAGGAUCGUGGACAAGCUGGACGCGCUGUCGGUCGCGUCGUCCGCCCCGUCGCCACUGCUGCAGCCUCACCAUCAUCAUCAUCAUCAUCAUCACCAGCAGCAGACCGUGACAUCACCGCUGCCGCCGGAUACGCCACCGGACGUGGGCCGUGGGUGCCGGACGAAGAGCACGGACGAUCUAAGCUCACCGGUGACACCCAAACUGCCGCCAAUGGUCCGACGGCGGCGCAGCAAGUCACGCACGCGGUCCUCGUCAUCCGCCCUGCCACCAAUGAGGCCGUACAGCCCUAGGGAUACGUCGCCACCCCCGUUUCCCAGGUCGGAAUCGCUCAAAAAAUCGCGGCCAAACGAUUUUCUCUAACGUAAAAUAUCGGGGAAACCGAUAAGCUACAGACGUGUACUAUUUACAAUAGGCAUAUGUUGUAUAUGUGUUGUACACUCAUCGAUAUAAAUAAUGUACAAGAGAAAAAUAAUUUUAAUUAAGAAUCAUUGUCUAGUGUUUGAAACCCAUGUACAACUUAAAAUAUUUUUAUCGUA